GCGCGAGCGGGGUCCGCGGCGCGGGCCGGGCCGGGCCUCUGCUGCCCCGGGCCGAGAGGGCGGCGGACGCGGACGGGAGGGGCCGGGCGGCGCAUGCGCAUGGUCCGGGGGCGCGGGGCGAGGGCACUCGCCGGGGACCCGAGUAGGGUCCCGGGACCAGGGGCCGCUCUCGCUCGGUGCCCCUCCAAGCGCCCGAGGCUGUCGGCGGAGCCGGAGACCUCCUGACGCUGGGUCCUUCGGUGUCCCCUGGGAGGCCAGGCCCGCGGCGGGGACGUCGGUGCGCUGUGGAGUUCGAGUGUCACAGAGCUGGGGGCGUUUUCGAGACCCCCAGGGACCCCCGAGGCUAGCCAGGGCUGGAGUCCCGGGCCCUGCCUCUGGGAGAAGUGACAAGCUCAGAAGCAAGGCGGUGUCACCGAAGGUAAACAGAGUUUGAUUUCAGUCUCCAGGGUGAGUAGGCUGGCGCUGAGAAGCUGGCCAGCCCCCUCUGGUCAGGAUGGUGGACACGGGAAGCCCGCUCUGCGUUCUCUCUGCCCUCGAUGCCGAUGACCUGGAAAGCCCGUUAUCUGAAGAGUUCCUCCAGGAAAUGGGGAACAUCCAUGAGAUUUCACAAUCCAUUGGUGAGGACAGCUCUGGAAGCUUCAGUUUUCCGGAAUACCAGUGUCUGGGCAGCUGCUCCGGAUCAGAUGGCUCCGUGAUCACAGACACCCUUUCACCCGCGUCCAGUCCCUCAUCAGUCACCUGUCCCGUGGUUCCUGGUGGCGUUGAUGAAUAUCCCAGCGGAGCCCUCAACAUUGAAUGCAGGAUCUGUGGUGACAGGGCCUCAGGCUACCACUACGGGGUCCAUGCAUGUGAAGGCUGCAAGGGCUUCUUCCGGCGAACGAUUCGGCUAAAGCUGGUGUACGACAAAUGCGACCGCAGCUGCAAGAUUCUGAAGAAGAAUCGCAACAAGUGCCAGUACUGCCGCUUUCACAAGUGCCUUUCCGUGGGGAUGUCCCACAAUGCGAUUCGCUUCGGCCGCAUGCCGCGAUCGGAGAAGGCGAAGCUGAAAGCCGAGAGCCUUGCGUGCGAGCAGGACGCCGAGGGCCCCGGCGGCGCCGACCUCAGGUCCCUGGCCCGGAGGAUCUACGAGGCCUACCUGAAGAACUUCAACAUGAACAAGGUCAAAGCCCGCGUCAUCCUCGCGGGGAAGACCAGCAACAACCCGCCCUUUGUCAUACACGACAUGGAGACGCUGUGUAUGGCUGAGAAGACGCUCGUGGCCAAGAUGGUGGCCAAUGGCAUCCAGAACAAGGAGGCGGAGGUCCGCAUCUUCCACUGCUGCCAGUGCAUGUCGGUGGAGACCGUCACAGAGCUCACCGAGUUCGCCAAGGCCAUCCCGGGCUUCGCAAACUUGGACCUGAAUGAUCAAGUGACCUUGCUCAAAUACGGAGUUUAUGAGGCCAUAUUCACGAUGCUGUCGUCACUGAUGAACAAAGAUGGGAUGCUGGUCGCCUACGGGAAUGGUUUUAUCACGCGGGAGUUCCUAAAAAACCUGAGGAAACCGUUUUGUGAUAUCAUGGAACCCAAGUUUGACUUCGCCAUGAAGUUCAACGCACUGGAGCUGGACGACAGUGACAUUUCCCUUUUUGUGGCUGCUAUCAUCUGCUGUGGAGAUCGGCCCGGCCUCCUAAACAUAGGAUCCAUUGAGAAGAUGCAGGAGGGCAUCGUGCACGUGCUGAGGCUUCACUUGCAAAGCAACCACCCGGACGACACCUUCCUCUUCCCCAAACUCCUCCAAAAGAUGGCAGACCUGCGGCAGCUGGUCACGGAGCACGCGCAGCUGGUGCAGGUCAUCAAGAAGACGGAGUCGGACGCGGCGCUGCACCCGCUGCUGCAGGAGAUCUACAGGGACAUGUACUGACCCCCGGGGGCAGCAGCACCCCUGCCGGCUGCCAGGGCACGCUGCUAUUUCCCCAUCGCCGCUGGGGCGUCCCAGCUGUAGGGAACCAAGGACAGCUCCGCGUCUGGCUUGUCUUCAACCGAGCACGUGCCUGGGUCUCCGAGGCUGGUGGUCCGCGGCUGGGAAGAUGAGGAGAGAGCUGUUCACCAGCCUGACGGUAGCCCACCCCGCGGUAGUCGAGGCACGUUGCCUUACAUCACACUAGCAGUCCUCCGUCUCACUGACUGGCCACCUGCAGCCACGCAGCCCGUCUCCCCUGUGCCCCCCUCCCGUGGUCCUGUGCCUUCAUAAAUGUUGGAAACUAAUCAGCACUUUUUAACAACUUUAUAAUCCCCUACAUCUGGAUGCAGCCAAAGGUCAAGUAUUUAAAAAGCAGCACGGUAUUUAUUCGGAGACUUCAGUGCUGUUUCUCCCAACGGAAGAGACAACGGCUGCUCCGCAGUCGUAGCUGGAGGACUGUAAAGAACGCUUGGCUAAGCUGGCAGAAUGCAGCUCGCUUCGGGGCUGUGACAGGUACGCGGGAAAGGCGGGGAAGCCCGGAAACGAGAGCGCCUCUGGCCGUUGGAGGCCUCCAGGCGCCGCCCGGAUCCUCUGCUCCCUUCUCCUAGCAGACCUGGGCCCUCAGCUGUGUGUGGCCUCCGUGGUGUUUUUAGGGACAGACUGGGGGAGGAUCUGUGGAUUUUUCUCUGGGCCCCAUUUGGCGGCUCUGUGUCUUUCCCUAUGUUGCUUUUUGAACUAUGGCGCUCUUCCCCCUGGACCCCAGGGGGCAGUAGGUGCUCCUGGAGUGGAAAUGAGGCAGACGUGAGUUCACAUCCUGGCCCGGGAGCCGCUGCUCACUUGGAGAGUGUGUCCUUCAAGGCGUGGUUUUACCUGGUCUCAGAUUUCAGACGCAGAGUUAGGUUAAGUCUCUUUUCCCACCGUAUGGGCAGUCUUCAGAAAGUUCGUGGAAAGUGCAUAUUACAAGAAGCCUAUGCAUGGAUCUUUAAACAAAUUUUGCACCAAAAGUAUCUUUUAAUUCCAUUUUCCACGAUCUUUUUGAAGUGUGCUAGGCUGUGUGAGGCAGUUUUGCAACACCUAAAAUAGGUGUUUUUGCCUUAAAGAGCAACCUCUCCACCUCAGGGCAGCUGGGAAAGCCAGGUGGCUGGUGUCCUCUGUCCAGGGACUGCCGUCUCUUGCUGUCCAUCUGGCAGACAAAUGGCCCCUGCAGCCAGACCUGGGCUGAACGUGCCCACCGGUGCACUUGCCAUGGGGUUGUAUCCUUGUUGCAUGCCCCCCCCCCCAUCCCCAGGCUGCUUUUAGAAAAACGUGGCUCUUCCAAGGUCAUUAUUAAGGAAUGACAGGAUUGAUGCUGCCGAAGGGCCCAGGGUCAGUAUGACGAAAACACAGCUGUGGCCAGGACGUGGACUUCAAGCAGAGGAGAGCGGAAGUUAGGGCAGCACAUCCGUUUUGAAAAAUUCCACAUGAAGUGGAGUUUAGGGUUUUAUUUUAUUGUUGUGAAGAUCCAAUCAAAGGAUCCGUGGGCCAGCAGCAGCGGGCAAUCUGCCCAGUGUCUUAGGAAUCAGAAGCAAAGCAUUUCCAUGUGGGAUGCCAAUCGAGAAGGUGGCCGGCCUCCGGGCCACGUGGCGCAUCCAGGAGCCCGCGAGCUCCGGCGCUGGCGGUGCCUGAGGCGCUCACGGCAGAGGCCGGAUUCCAAGGCCUCCAGGCUGGUUGCCUCACUGACUGCGCAGGGCAGAUAGCUGGGGCCUGGCAGAGCGAACGGUGGGACGCGGGCGUUCAGAGAAGCCGGUGGGCUUGGCGCAUUCACCAGAGCCCAUUGCAGGGUCUCUCUGGUCACCCUAUGAGCACAGAAAGGAACUUCCUGCUUGUUCUGAUGUGCGUGCCCCCCGGGCCUCCUAAGAUACCAAGGGAAAGAACUGCUGCCCACAGCCUCCCAAGGGUGAAGAAGCUCAAGGUCACAAGUCAGUACUUGACACAUGAUGCUAAGCGAGUUGGAAUUAGCCCCUGCUUGUCCUGGCCCCCAUGUGUGCCGUGCUGCCCCAGCAGUCCUGGUGGUGGCGCUUAGAAAGAGGCCUCCCCAGUAGCUCUGUCCUCCGAGUGCACGCUCACCCUUGCCUGCCUGCACACAGAUGAAGGGCAGGGGGUCCCUGUCUUGACCCAGUGGCCACCUGGGGUUUGAAGUGUCUCGCUGAGCUCCAUUUUAAAUCUGGGCCCACUGUCUCAACCAAGGAGCCCGCACUCCCAGCGCCUAGAGCCCAGGGCAAGCCAGCCACCCUCAAAGGCCCUCUUCAGAACCUGUGGGCUCCAACACCGCAGGCCCCACCGGGAAAGGCUGCCGUGGCUCACCGCCUGUGCAGGCCACCGCACCUCAUUGGUCCAUGCUCUGGGAACAGGAAGCCACCCCCAUCUACAGAGAAAACCCCCCAUGGGGCUGCCUCGGCGCAGAGCGGGGCUUUGGCCCCAGCCUAGCUGCUUUCUCUGCCCUCUGCUGCGCCGUUCUUCCUGGCCACUGAAACCAGGCGUGUGCAGGGAGCACGGCCAGCCUGAGGCAGGUGCACCUGACCACCUGCUUGGAGAAGGCGUUUUAAGUUCAGAACUGCGGAUCCAGACCAGACACGGAAGCCACCUGUGCACAGAAGUCCCAGCUUGCCAGCACGGCCCCGGGCAGGCUCACCUUGUGAACAAGUAGCCCUGGAGGACUUGCCGCCACGCACUGACAUUCAUGGCCUUGGCACUGCGACCACGGGCAGGGUUUCUUUCUUCUCUAUCUAAAAGUGGCCCAGCCCCUCUUAACUCCUAGUCCAGGCUGAUUUGUUCGGCUGCACCAGGAUUUCUUACCACCCGAAUCUCUGCGUGAGUCAAGGGGACUGUGUGGACCUUCCCCGUGCUGGUGGGAGCCAUGGUGCAAGCCCAGGUUCAGAGGUCACCAGCUGAACAGAAAAGUCCGAGGCAGAAAAGGAGCUGGGCUGUGCUUGUCUUUGUGGAGCAAGCGACAAGUAAGUGUUGGGUAAUCGGCUCUGUGCUGCUGGUAGCCAAGGCGUGCCUUCCCAAGGGACUCCAUGCCACCCACUCGCGCGUGCCUUCCUCGCUGUGCAGAGCCCCUCUGCCUGGGAAGAUCCUGGCGGAGGCUCCAGGGGCCGAGGUCUGCGUUGUGGCUGGCGUUUAUUCAUGUCGCUUGCCAUUUUAAUGGAGUGCAGGCCCCCAGCCUGUGAAACAGACAAGGGCAAGGAGAAAGGCAGUCUCACUCAGAAUGUGCGUGGCCAUUAGACUCCUCCGGAAGCCACAGUGCCCACUGCAAUGAGAAACUGCAAGUUUUGCACGGUAAAGACAGCGAGGGUCACCCUGUGGCUUCCUGAUUGCAUAAUGCCAUUUUAGGGGAUGCAGCAGCAGAGCGGACGGCAGGCUUAUGAAAACCCGGCAUUGUCUCGGAGCUGGCCCAGGGAUGUUGGCUGCCUGUGAGGUUUUACUUCUCUCACCUUGGUGUCGGCGAAGGGGCUGUGUGGCACAGCUCAGCUGAGACACACACGACCCACCUGUGGAGUCCCUCACCGCCAAGGACAGACCAGAGCACAUCCUCGUCCAGCCCUGCGUCUCGCCCAAAGCCACUGGGAACACCUAGUAUGUGAGUGGCCCCUGGCUGUUCGAUGCCUUAUUUGCAAUCAACCCUUUGAUGAGAAACAGCAAUUUUUACAUCAUAGGCAGCAAAAGUCAGGUGUGUGUUUUUGUUUUGUUUUGUUUUUUGUCUUUUAAGGAAAAAAAACUUUGCUAGUUUGAAAAAGUGUCCCUGUUUUUGUCCAGAGAAGGGGACACACUAGCCACGGCCUCUUCCAGGAGCCAGCAUCCAGAACUCGGGAAUUUGAUGAGGCCCCGGGCAGGGGACUCUCUGGGCACCUCUCCCGGAGAGGGUCGGGCUAGUGAGUGGCUGAUCUCAUGGUAAAAUCACUAUGUUUGGAAAAUGCACUUUUUUAAAGGCAUAGUUGGCUCAUGUUUCAGGCAUCAGAAGAAACGCACCUCACAAAUGACCACCACUCAGUGCCUUCCGCGUGAUCACUGCACUCGUGCUGAGUAGCACCAUUUUUCUACACUGUACCAUGAAGGAGCUAUGUCAAUAGCUAGCUCGUAAAUACUGUGAUUGGAAUCUUUUUUAAAAACCACCCUAAUAUGAGUAUUUUACUGACAAUCAUGCAUCUAAUCACAAACAUUUGGAUCUCUUGAAAUCCGUGUGGAUGUAUACAUUCGAAGCCUGACUCCCGAACCUCCUGGCAGCACACAGAAGCCUCAGUAAGGAGACAGCUGAACUACACCCGUGCACACCCGCCGAAGCUCCAGAGCCAGGCAGAAUUUACUCUGCGUGUGCAGGAAGUACACACGUGGCCUUGCACACACUCCCAGCAGCAAGGCCUGCUCCAACCUGAUGUCAGAGGCCCGGACUGCACGCAGUGGGCUGUGCUGAAGACCACCACCUCCUGCCGCCUGGCGCACAGCUCCCUGCUAUCCAGGGAGUGACAACCCGGGUCAUCACCAAAGAGCCCUGGCCAGUGGCAAGACCCUGACAGAAGCGGCUGACUCCCGCCGCCCCUUCCACAUGGCUCAACCAGAAGCCUAGAGCAGAAACCACAGACCUCGCACAGAAACCAGACUUCGCAAGUCUCCCUACGUGUUGUCAAUGUCUUGACCAAGCUUCUCUCACUGCAGUGUUUGGAACAUGUGUGGGAGCCACAGCAGUGCCAUGCUCAAACCCCAAGGGACAGGGUGUGCAGGACGAGCUCAGGGUCUGAUGGGUGCUUGGGUGCCUCACCCAGUGUCUGGUUCUUACAGCCCUGGUUCUGCACUAACCAGAAGCAGCUCCACAGCAGGAACGGCUGGGCGGGCUCUGGCAGGCUCUCCUUUCCGAGCAGGGCGGGUACGUCCGGGACCUCAGGAAUCACGGGUGUGCGGAGAAGGACAGAUGUCAUUCUCCCAGUCACAUUAGCUGAUUGUUUCCAAGCAAUUAGAAGAUGGCUAUAAAAUAACCUUAAUUGUUUAAAAAUCUGGGGUCUUCAUUUUCUGGUUAGGAGAUUGAACAGCCCAUCUGUAUCGAUUUCUGGAAAUUGACUGGGAAUGUAUAUGUUUGGAAAGUCCUACUGUAAAACUGAUGAAUGUAAGAGUUAAUUUCAGGGUACAGAUUUGCCUUAAUGGUUUUAAAAAAUAAACUAUUUUUAAAAAUUG